AUGGCAGUCUAUGAGCCGGCUGGACAUGAAGAAGCUCUUAAGAGAUCCCAAAAUGGAAAAAAGCAAAUGGAGGAGGAGAUGUUCGAUGAUUUCAAAAAGAAUAACAACAUGGGAGUUAGUCGACAAACCUCUGACAGAAAAAUCAUAAGGAGUGAAACACCUUUGCUCCUAAUGGCUCGAUUGGACACAAUCAGAAUGCUUCUAGCAUUGCCGUCAAAAAAGGUGGAAAGAAAUAAUGCCUUGCUGAUUGAAAAAUUCAAACAAGAAAUGGAGCAGGUUUUCGAAAUGACGGAUCUUGGUCUCAUGAACUAUUUUCUUGGAAUGGAAAUUACACAAAGCCAGAAUGAAGUAUUCAUUUGUCAGAAGAAAUAUGCCAAAGAAAUUCUGAACAAAAUUCCAAAUGGAGGAAUGCAAAGCUGUUGCUACACCCAUGAAUCAAAAGGAGAAGCUGAGCAAAGGAGAUGGAACCGAGAAAGUUUCUUCUCUUGGUGCUCAAAGAAGCAAGAGAUUGUUGCACAAUCUACUGCAGAAGCUGAGUUUAUUGCAGCAACAGCAGCAGUCAAUCAAGUUUUAUGGAUAAAGAAGCUUAUGUGUGAUCUGAAUAUGGAGCAGAAAAGUGGUGUUGAGAUUUUUGUUGACAAUCAAGCAAUAAUUGCAAUCUCUAACAAUCCAGUUUUUCAUGGAAAAAUAAAGCAUUUCAACAUCAAACUGUUCUUCUUUUUCAACAUCAAACUGUUCUUCUUGAGAGAGAUACAAGAAAAUGGAGGAGCAACUCUGGUAUACUGCAAAACUGAAGAUCAAAUAGCAGACCUGUUCACAAAACCUCUUCCAGUUAACAAGUUUGAGCUUCUAAGGCAGAAAAUUGGAGUUUACAGUAACAAAAGCAAGGAGAAGUAUUAG